UCUGUUUUCUGUGUUCUGACUCCGGUCCUCCUGACUUCACUGACACAGAGUGGCUGGACAUGCUUAAUUCGAUACGAGAGGAUGUGUACCGUAAAAAGAAUCCUGUAACACGAGAGGAAGCACAGCAGACUCUGGACAGACUGAAGUCACGUGAUUUCCUCUGGGAAGAUAAGGACAAGAUAACGAAGGACACAAAGGAUGAGACAAUGCAUAGGAUAGCGUCAAAAAAUAAUUAUAUACCAUUCAUUUACAGUAGUUAUAACACAGCCAGUGUGCACCUGAGAUCAAAUAGAUACGACAGAAAACCUGGAGAGAAGUGUGUCAUUGGUCCUCUUUACAGUCAUUUCUUACUGAUACUCCGUCUACAGAUGAACAUACUGACUCACGUCACCAUGAAGGACACGGAGAUAUAUAAUGGGAUACACCAGAUAUUAAAUAUCCCAGAAAAUAAAGUUAAGAAGAGUAAAGAUGAACGUAAAGAAUUUCUAACGGAACUAAGAAGAGAUGGGGAGGCUGUACAUUACAGAGGAAGAUCACAGGACAGUAUAGAUCACGUGACGUGGCUCUGGAGAUACGGGUUAGACAAUAGACCUGACAUCGUGAGAUCCUGUAUAGGUCUACAUCCACACAAUGAUAUUUACAUCAUCGACAACAAACCUCACAGAAAACCAAGUAAAAUCCAUAGCUAUGAGCCGGAAGUCAGAUGUCUACUGUAUUGUUUACUUAUAUCUGAGAAAUAUCGGAUUAGUUUCAUUGAACAAUCACACAGAAUCACAAAGGACAAAAUCAGACAGAGGUAUUUCCCUGAUAUUACUGAUGACGGCUCGGUAGAUCUUCCUGAGGAAAUCACAGAAACACGUGACGGUGUGAUAACCUUUAUAUCAGACGACAUCAGACAUGACGUCAUGUACGCCUUUGUUACGGAGUGUCUGGUUGAGGACAGUGAUCUGGAGUUUUUCCUGACUACGGCGUCACGUGACGUGGUAUAUGAAUACUGCAGACUCUGGGGUUAUAAGAGGAGUGAGGGGGAGAGAUGUCUGUAUAUACCGGACAAGCCGGAGAAGAUGUACGACCUCUUCAUAGACAGUCUACAGCUGGACAUCAUCACACACUGUACCGUGUCUGACAUGAGGAUUCGUGGCAGGAUAAGUGAACGUUUGGGAAUCCCAGAAGAAAUACUAAAAUGGGACCUUAAAGCCAGAGAGCGGUAUGUUGAGUACGCUAAGAGAGGAACACAGACAGUCCACCACGCCCGGGGGAUGAUUGUAGGAUGUGCUGGGGCGGGGAAAACCACGCUACUUAAACGUCUGCUUGGUUGUGGUGAAGAAGAGAUUAAGGAAGUAAUAACUACUGAGGGACUGGAGGUGCAUGAAGAGAUAUUCGAUAUAUGUGAUCAAACAAAAUCAUUAAAAG